AUGCCUACUCGCGGGCGCAUUAGAUCGAAAGGCCUGCUCAACGUUGCAUGGGAGGCUUCUAGCGUGCGCAACCCCAGCUCCUUCGACACACGAAUCCUUUGCCUUGCACGUGGUAUCUGUGAUGUCGGCGGACUGCAACUGGGCGGCGAUCCCGAAGAUGCCGAACAUGUCAGCGAAGAGCGCACACUAUCCAUCGUCCUGAUGGAGCUCUGUGGCGUGACGGUAUUCUUCGCCCAAGCCGCCAUCACCACAAAGAAGCUAUACGACCACCUCCUAUCCGACGACAUCGGUUCAUCCUCCGUCCUCUACUUAUACAUAGCCCUAGCCAUCUUCGUCGGCAUCCUCGCCGCUGACAUCGUCUCCGGAAUCGUCCACUGGGCCGCCGACAACUGGGGGAGCAGCUCUUGGCCCGGCAUCGGUCCCGCCUUCAUCUGGCCCUUUCGGCAUCACCACAUUGACCCACGGUCCAUCACCCGGCACGGCUUCCUGGAGCUGAACGGUAACAACCUCAUUGUCAGCAUUCCACUGCUGCGGAUAGCUUCGUCUGCUCUUGGGUCGCAGGACAGACUUUCAGCUUUGACAGCCGCGAGUUUCUGGCUGUCGUUUGCACUGUUUUGCGGAUAUACCAACCAGUUCCAUUGCUGGGCUCAUAUGGAGCAGCCGCCGGCGUUGGUGAGAGGCUUGCAGAAUGUUGGACUGCUCAUGUCGCGGCAGCAUCAUCAUCUACACCAUAUACGCCCUCACGAUUGUUAUUAUUGUAUCACAACUGGAUGGAUGAACCGCCCAUUGACUGCCCUCGGCUUCUUCCCUGCGCUCGAAAAGGCCAUCACUACAGUCACAGGCGCGAUACCUCUUCACCAACAGCUGAAGAAGAGUUGA